AUGCCGCCGCCGCCGCUGCUCCUGGCCGCGCUGGCCCUGCUGGCCUCCGCCGCCGCGCGGCCCGGGUGCGGCGAGCGCCCCUCGGACCCCGCCGGUAAGGCCCGCCGCGUCAUCACGUCACCUGCCCACCCUGCCUCCCCAGCCACCUGCGUGGACCUGCAGCUCAGCUCCUGUGCGGACGCCGCCUACACCCAGACUGCCUUUCCCAACCUGCUGGAGCAGCGGUCGCGGGAGGCGGUGGAGUCCAGCCCCGAGUACAUCCUGCUGAGCGUCCUGCACCAUCUCUUGGAGGGCCAGUGCAACCCUGACCUGCGGCUGCUGGGCUGUGCCGUGCUGGCGCCCCGCUGCGAGGGCAGCCGGGUGCGCAGACCCUGCCGGCACGUCUGCGAGGGCCUGCGGGAGGCCUGUCAGCCGGCCUUCGACGCCAUCGACAUGGCCUGGCCCUACUUCCUGGACUGCGCCCACUACUUUGCCCGGGAGGAGGAAGGCUGCUACGACCCUCUGGAGAAGCUCCGGGGGGACCUGGAGGCUGAGGAGGCCCUGCCCUCAGGCCUGCCGCCCACCUUCAUCCGCUUUGCCCACCACUCCUACGCCCAGAUGGUGCGGGUGCUGAAGCGGACAGCGACGCGCUGUGCCCAGGUGGCCAAGACCUACAGCAUCGGGCGCAGCUUUGAUGGCAAGGACCUGCUGGUCAUCGAGUUCUCGGGCCGCCCUGGCCAGCAUGAGCUGAUGGAGCCCGAGGUGAAACUCAUUGGCAACAUCCAUGGCAAUGAGGUGGUGGGGCGGGAGAUGCUCAUCUACCUGGCCCAGUACCUGUGCUCCGAGUACCUGCUGGGCAAUCCCCGCAUCCAGCGCUUGAUCAACACCACCCGCAUCCACCUGCUGCCCUCCAUGAACCCCGACGGCUAUGAGGUGGCUGCUGCAGAGGGUGCCGGGUACAACGGAUGGACCAGUGGGAGGCAGAAUGCGCAGAACCUGGACCUGAACCGCAACUUCCCGGACCUGACGUCCGAAUACUACCGGCUGGCCUCCAUCCGCGGCACGCGCACCGACCACAUCCCCAUCCCGGAGCACUACUGGUGGGGUAAGGUGGCUCCUGAGACGAAGGCCAUCAUGAAGUGGAUGCGGACGGCCCCCUUCGUGCUCUCAGCCAGCCUGCACGGGGGAGACCUGGUGGUGUCCUACCCCUUUGACUUCUCCAAGCACCCUCUGGAGAUGAAGAUGUUCUCCCCCACGCCUGACGAGAAGAUGUUCAAGCUGCUGGCCAGAGCCUACGCCGACGUCCACCCUAUGAUGAUGGACAGGUCGGAGGGCAGGUGUGGGGGCAACUUCCUGAAGCAGGGCAGCAUCAUCAAYGGGGCGGACUGGUACAGCUUCACCGGAGGCAUGUCCGACUUCAACUACCUGCACAGCAACUGCUUUGAGAUCACCGUGGAGCUGGGCUGCGUCAAGUUCCCCCCGGAGGAGGCCCUCUAUGGGCUCUGGCUGAGCAACAAGGAGUCCCUCCUGAGCUUCGUGGAGAUGGUGCACCGGGGCAUCAAGGGCGUGGUGAUGGACAAAUUUGGCAAACCCGUCAAGAACGCYCGCAUCUUGGUCAGAGGCAUCCGCCAUGAUGUCACCACAGCCCCGGAUGGUGACUACUGGCGACUGCURCCCCCCGGCUCCCACAUCGUCAUCGCCCAAGCCCCUGGCUACUCCAAAGUCAUGAAGAGAGUCACCAUCCCCCUGCGGAUGAGGAAGGCAGGCCGCGUGGACUUCAUUCUGCAGCCUCUGGGGGCAGGACACAAGAAGCUGUCCCGUGAACUUCAGAGAACUGCGCCUGCAUCUCGGGACCCGCUGGGAGGUGCCGGCCUGCGGGACCAGCCCCCGCAGCUGGACCUUGAGCCCCUCGGGGCACGCAGGCAGCCCUCGGCCGGCGGGAGCAAGCCCUGGUGGUGGUCCUACUUCACGUCCCUGAGCCCGCACAGGCCGCGCUGGCUGCUCAAGUACUAGGGCACCGUCCACGCCCCCGCAGGGCGGA